AUGAAUUAUCCAGAAGAUACAACACAUAUGAAAAAGUGGUUUUUCAAAAGUCGAAAAGAAAUUGAUAAUAUAUGUUUAAAAAAAUACAAUGAUUUUAAAGAAGAGUUUAAAGAUUAUAAUAUAAAAAUACCUAAAUAUAACGAUGUAGAAAAGACGAAAGUAUAUUUUUGUUAUCAGUUGGUACAUUUUUGUGAAAUAAAAAUGCUAAGGCCACAUAUUGUAGAAUGUGCAACAAUAUUAUAUAACCGAUUUUAUUUAAAGGAAAUAAUAUUAGAAUAUGAUCCACGUAUAUUAAUAUUUACAUGUAUAGUCUUAGCUAUAAAAAUAGAAGGAUAUGGUCGUUUAUAUAAAAUAAAUGAAUUUUUUAAUGAUAUUGAUAUAAAUUUAGAUAAAGUAUUAGAACAUGAAAAUAUUGUAUGUUCUUCUUUAAAUUUUGAAUUAAAUUUUUUAUAUACUAAAGAAUGUAUUUUUUAUAUAAAAAGUCAAUUUGAAAAUUAUAUUAAUAAAUAUAUUUUGGAAGCAGACAAAAUUGAUAAUUCAAUGGAAACUAUUAUAAAUACUAUUUGUUUUAAUGCUUCAAAAGAUUGUAUAAAAUUAAUUGAAAAUUUUUAUACCACUUUCAUUUAUACACCUUCACAAAUAGCUUUAUAUUGUUUUACUAAUAAUAUUAAAAAGAAUUUAAAUAUUGCAAAUGCAGAUAUGUUUAUCUUAGAGUUUAUUACAAACAAUAACCAAAUUCUCUUUCAAAAAAUGAAAAAUAAAAUAACAGAAAUGGAUGAAACCUAUAGAACUUAUAUAGGAUUAAGAAAUACAUUUGAUGAUGAAAAUACGACCAGACAAAUCGGUGAAACCCUAGAUAUGUGUAUUGAUAUAUAUGAUAUCUUAAAGAAGAAAAAAAAUUCAAAAAAAUCAAAAAAAAAAAAACUGGAUAAUAAGGAAGAUAAUGUUACUGAAGCUAAUAAGAAACUACAAGUAUCAUAA